CGAUGAGUCAGAAAGUGCUGCUGGGUUUGCAGCAGCUCUCGCUGAAUGGAGGCAAAAAAAGAAGGAAUCUGGUCAAGGAGAAUCUACAACUGUAAAUCCAGUACAGCAUAGAGCAAAACCCAAUGUCACAGAAGCAUCAAGUGGCACCAAUACCGAAAUAAGAAUCGAAAGUCCAGAUAUUGAGUUCAAAGAUCAUUCUCUAAGUUACGCCGACAAGCUACUGCUAAAGAAGCACAGAAGAACAGAGCUCGAAGCCGAUGAUUACACCUAGGCUUAGUAGCACCACGCCGUCAACAUUGUUUGUCAAUAGUGUUAGUCCUCGCAUCACGGAGUAUAGCGAUGAUCUAUCAGCGGAAGAGGCUGAGCUAGAAGAGGAGCAUGCCAGAUAUGUUGAAAUGUUUCAACCACAAGAGCCACCAGAACCGAGACAAGAAAGUUCACUGUCAAUAAUUGAGAUAACUGAGCCUGUUGAUGCCUAUGGGUUGGAAGAAGCUACUUGUUACUCAGUUCAGGAAGGCUCUGAUCCAGAAAUUAUUGUUGAAAAUCUAGUAGAUCAGCCACAAAAAGAGAUCAUGGCCAAAAAGUCUGUAAAGCAGCCAGUAAAACCAAACAGUUCCAGACCAUCAAGCAGAGUCAAGCCUGGUAAAAAACAUAAAGAUGAAGAUAAAGUGACAAAUAAAACAUUUGACUCAGAGGAAAAGAGUUCCCAUAGAUCUCAAAGUAGAACAGAAAGAAAAGUGGGGAAAGAGCGUGUGAAAUCUAGGAAUGAAAAGAGACCAGGCUCUCGGAGUAAAUCAGUAACCUCAAUUAGAGAAGAAAAUAAGCAUUCUUCAGCCUCAUCAGCUGUUACCAUGACAACAAGUAGGCCAUCAUCAAGUGCCAGACCUCCGUCUGCUGGAAUCACUUCACAGCCAUCGCUCGGGCUGCAACAAAUCAGCCAGCAAAGAGUGCAAAGUAGACACACUUACAAAAAGGAGUCAUUGGCGGAUUUUUUCAUGGCUGGUGUGAAUGACGACGACGACGCUAAAGGUGAUCAGAAUAAAGAUGUCGCUACACCAAGUGGAGAUAAAUUAACUGAAGAAAAGGUUGAAUACAAAGGUGGGCCGGCUUUGUGGAGGCCAUUAAGCAGUCUGUCCUGUCACUUGGAGGACAUCAAGCCGGAUUUUGUAACUGGACAAGAUUUUGGAAUCACUGAUUUCUUGACAGGACCAAGUUCAUCAAACUUAGAGCGGACACAUCGUAUAUCGUCAACUGAACCCCCUAAGUGGCCGUUAAACACACCUCCACCCGCCACAUGGGAUGAUGAGGAAGAGUUUGAUUUAGUUCAAAAGAAGUUGGCGUCUAUGCCAAGACCACCAACACUGCCAGAAAGCACUACACCUAACUCUGCCAAAAUGCGAAACAUUAAUUCAGCAAAACGGGAAAGGUUAUCGGCUCAAAAAAGAGACACUGAUACUAGUAAAAAAGAUAGACCUUCCAGUGGUAGUGGAAGGAGACUUCCUAGUGUUAACAAAAACGUUAAUGUAAACGAAAGACAGUCUGCAACACAUAGAAAGUCAACAGAUGUCAAGAAAAGGGGGCGAAGAAGCCUACCACCACGCCCACCGUCAAGACCAUCGUCUUCAAGACCUUGUAGUAGAAUUGAUGUUGAUGGGGAUGAUAUGAGCAGAUAUGAUCAUGACAAUGAAAAAAUCCUUCAAAAUGAGGAGGAUGAUGAGACCUUACAUCAGUUAGAAUGGGAAUUGGCCUCUCAAGAUGGUAGAAUUACUGCUGAUGGUAACAUUUCUCGUAUGUCGAUGUUGGAUGAUAUUCCGGAUGAGGAUAUCAAUUCUGAUCUUGAACUUGGAAUCAAACAGGACAUCGGCAUGGGAUCAGGACUGAGCUCACCAUGCGAUGACUUUGAUAUCGAAAAGCGCCUCAGUGAAGAAGACCUCAUGGACGACUUUGAGGAAACUGAACGACUAAUCAUGGCGGAUGAAGUCAAAAACUUGGAAUCGUAA